AAGCGUCGAGCGCCUGCUGGGGGCCAACAACUGAGAGAGCAGCCACGAAGCACGAAGCACACCACAACAUGCAGUUGACCACGCUAAUUGUACUUGCGCUGCAGCUGAUGCGAGCAGCGAUUGCCUCGACGACUCCCGCGCCCAAUCCCCUCACCCGGCCCACAAUUGGGCCCGUGUGUCUCCAGCCGCCGGUUUGCAUUGCGCGCAGUCCGCCGGUUUGCGGCCGGCUGCCCAAUGGCCUGUGUCGCCGCUUCAGGAACAUUUGCGAGCUGAUCGCCGUGAAUCGCCGAGAUGUGAGCGGCGACAGGAGGCUGACCUGGACACACACGCAGGAGCGGGAUUGCCGGCUGGUGCGGCGAGUGGGCGCCGGCAGUGCGAACUGGUGCCAGCAGGACUGUCCCCGGCGAGCCGUCCCCUGCCGACGCACGCCGCGUGCCCAGGAGAUUUGCGUGCGCUCACGCAACCUGAGGUCCUGCCGGGUCCUGGCCAACCGCUGCCAGCUACUGAACCUCAACUGCUUCGGGCGUCCACGCAACAAUUGGCUGCCGGCGCCGAGGCGCCUUUGCGGCCAGCUGCGAGCGGGCGACAGACCGCGCGCCUGCCAGCUUCGGUUGCCUUCCAGGCGGCCCGAUGUAACCAUCAGUCUACCCGUCCUGCCACGCCCACCGACCAGCGAUACGCCUCUGACAACGACGACCAGCCAGCCUGCUGCAACAGCUGGCUAAGCCACAGGCUCGCAGCUUUCUUCUGCAUCUCAUUCUCUUCUUCUUCUCUUCUCUUGCUUGCUCUCUUUCACAAUAAAUCGAACUACUUUAACAUUGA